ACUAAUCAGAUUUUAUUUUCCUGUUGGGGCAAGCAAAUGCAUGCCAGCGGAGUGAAAAGGGUGCUUUGAAGUGAUUCAGCACUAAACUUGACCUAAUUGAGAGAUGGGUGCAAUAAAGAAAGCUCAGUGGAUAUGGACAAUGCCCUCUGUUAUCCAGUGGAGCUGAUCAACUGCUGGAGUGGACUAUGACCUACCCAGAAGCCACAAAUGAUUCUCAUCAGUGUGUGCAUGUUAAAACAGCCAAAGGAGGUCUGUUGCUAACCUCUAUGUAAGAUGACAGCAAGUCAUAUUCAACGCCUCCAGGGACUGAAGAAGCUUAUCUCCAUCUCUUAAAUCCACCCUAAUACAAAGCAGAUAGAUGACAUUUUGUUCGUGGUUCAAAAUCUGGCCGCCAAAAUGAAAACCAAAUUUUCUGCAUGGCUAGAUGCCACUUGAUGCAUGACACACAGCAGAGGAGGAACCAUUUGGGAAGGCGGCUACUUCUUCUGCAAACUUACUUCCGACUGAUCCGGCUGCACCAUGGCCCUGCUCGUCCACAUGCUGGCCUGUGCCUUUGGCCUGGGCUCGUGGGUGGCAGUGAAUGGUCUGUGGGUGGAGCUGCCGCUCAUCGUCAACACUCUCCCAGAGGAAUGGGAUCUCCCCUCCUACCUGACAGUCAUCAUCCAGCUGGCCAACCUGGGACCUCUGCUGGUCACCCUCAUGUACAAACUGUGCCCGGGUCGUCUCAAAGAGCGCAUUGUCAUUUACUUCAUCCUCUCCAUCGGCAUCCUCUCCUGCAUCCUGCUUGCCUUAUACUGGGACAAGACUACGACAGUGGCCGGGGCGUCGCGUAGCACCGCCUUCUUCAUCAUCACCUUCUUCCUCUCUCUGGUGGAUUGCACCUCCUCAGUUACCUUCCUGCCUUUCAUGAUGCAGCUUCCAGCAAAAUACAUCACCACAUACUUUAUCGGAGAGGGGCUAAGUGGUUUCAUUCCUGGCAUAGUCGCUCUGGGACAAAGUGUGGGCAUCACCAAAUGUGUCAACUCCUCUCAAACUGCAGGAAACCAGACAGGCGGGGACACGUGGUCAUUACAUACAGAGAAUCUUCCUCCAAAUUUUUCCACCGAGGUGUUUUUCUUCCUCCUAGCAGCCAUGAUGUGCAUAAGUCUGGCUGCUUUUAUUGCACUGAACAGGCUUCCUCGGACAUUCGAGCUGUCCAGUGAAAACCUCGUGCCAGACACCGUUGCAUCUGUCAGCUCCGGCCUGGAGAACCCAGGAGCAGAGACUGAUGGAGAGGGUGUAAAAUGCCAGGGUGAGGGGGCAGCCCAGAGCAAGCUUCUGCUGGCUGGCCCAAAACACUCUGUGUACCAGCUGACCUUCAUCUACUUUAUGGUGGUGUGGGUUAAUGGUGCAACCAACGGCUUGCUGCCCUCUGUGCAGACGUACUCCUGUAAGCCCUAUGGGAACCUGGCCUAUCACCUCUCUGCUGUUCUGGGAUCAGUGGCCAACCCAGUGGCUUGCACCAUUGCAAUGUUCUUCAAAAACAGGUCACUGGUGUUUCUUGGCGUGCUGACAGCAUUGGGGACAGGAUUUGGCAGCUAUAACAUGGCUAUGGCAGCUAUGAGUCCAUGUCCUUUGCUUCAGGGGUCUGUGGCGGGAGAGAUGAUCAUUGUGCUCUCAUGGCUCUUCUUCACUGGAACGCUGUCUUAUGUCAAAGUAAUGGUGGGUGUCAUCCUGAGAGACCGGAGCCACAGCGCCCUGGUCUGGUGCGGAGCUGCAGCACAGAUCGGCUCGCUAGUCGGCUCGGUCACAAUGUUCCCGCUGGUUAACAUCUACCGGCUCUUUAAGUCAGGGGACUUCUGCAGCACUAAAUGUCCUUUAUCAUAAUGAAUCUGAGAACUGUAGUACUGAGGAGGCUGGAGACACUCUCAGGUAAAGGAAAAGUUUGUGCCAUUCUCAUAUCUGUGUGUUGCAGUAAGUACCGCGCUAGAUGUGGGAGCCAAUUAGCUUAGGUUAGCAUAAAAACUGGAAGAAACCGCUAGUCUGGCUGUGUCCAAAGGUAAAUCUAACUACGAGCACCUCUAAAAAUCACUAAUUAACCUGUCUAUCUUGUUGAAUUCAUGCAAACAUCUAAAUGUAAAAAUGUUGGCGAUCAUUACAGUUGGAGCGUCGUUUAUUGUACGGAUAUAAUAAACAAAGUAAAACAUGUUAAAACUUUUUGAUAUUAAUAAUUGUCCGUUACAUUCAAGCCAUUGCCAAAUGAGUUGCUACAAAGCUAAUAAGGACUAUCAGUUCCACACAACUCUCUCUGGAUACCUCAGUAUGGAUAUGUUUGAAGAUUGUGGCGUCCGGCGACUUUCCCGUGCGGGAAACUCGAGUGAAGAUAAUGACCUCUUCUGA